UCUGAUCUUCGGUCUCAUUAUAUAUGCUGUGUGGCAACUCUACCGAAAGUAACAGAAAGUAGGUGUCCCUUAGUGUCCAUUGUCCAUUUCUCUGCACUGUAGUGUGGUUGAAUCCGGAUUUUCUUUAUUUCAAAGUAAAAAGAACAGUAGAAAUGGCUGCGUGGAGACAAGCAGGACUGAAUUACAUCAAUUAUUCACAAAUUGCGGCAAGACUUGUUAGGCAAGCUCUGAAGCCUGAACUCAGGACAAAAGCUUCAAAACGCGAUGAAGUAAACGUAAGGUUUACUCAAUGGAAAGAUGGUAAACCUGCCAAUGAAAAGUAAUAGUGACAUAAGCUUAAAAUGCCUAAAACGCGGUAUCACAGAUGAGAGGAAGUCAUCCUUUUCCUAGGUUCACACAUCCGUACACAUUAUACAUGAAAAAAGAGACAACAAAGCUUAAUAAAGUAGUAAUUUAUGUAUAAUAAUUCUACACAUGCUCAUCUGAAGUAAACAUGUUUAUUGU